CGCAGAUCAUGCGGACCGGGGAAGCUCAUCUCUUGCUUUAACUACUUACUAUAUAUUUAUCCUUACUAGUUUGUGACAGCCCACUUGAUUUUAAUAUACCCAUACUCAGUGAUUGCGAUCGAUACAUACUUCGCACCACCUUUCGCCUGCCUUCUUUUUUCCAGUCAACCGUUACCACACAAUGGGCUGGUUACCCUGGUCCUCCGACGAUUCGAAGAGCACCGCUUCCGACGGCGGCCGCAUAGCCCCCGAUCGGUCCUCUCGACAGAAGUGCUGGGAGGGUCGCGAUCUAUUUUUCUCCUGCUUAGACGACAAUAACAUCCUAGACGCGAUCAAAGAGGACAAGGAAGCGCGACGGAAAUGCGGAAAGGAGAUUGCGGAGUUCGAGUCGGCUUGUGCAAAGGCUUGGGUCAAAUAUUUCAAGGAGAAGCGGGUGAUGGAGUACAACCGGGACAAGACAAUUGAGAAAAUCAAGAAGGAGGAUGCAGCAAAGGUCCGAGACCUGAAGGCACAAGGAUGGAAUCCUCGGUGAAAAGGUUCUUGGAUUAAGGAAAAGAAAAAUGAAAAGAGCACGGGAAAGUGAGAGACGACCCCUUCGAAUCGAAGCCGAAAGGCUCUGUACUACAUAUUUAUGCCACUUCCGUCAUUUCAAUGU